UGUAAAUAUGGCUGCCUCCUCAAGGAACCUACUGAGAGUAUUCGCUGAAUGCCAGAGACAACUCUUCAUCGCUAGAGUUCCAACUUCUGUAUGCGCGUCCCACAAUGCACCCAGACAUCACCCCAUGAGGACCUAUGCUGCUGCAGCUAAGCCAGCUAGGAAACAGAAAAAGGAUGAAAAGGUUCCAACAAAGGAUUCAAAAGAGCAGGAGGAGAAGAAGAAGCUGCUGCAGAAACAGAAGAUCAAUGACACGAGUCGGCAUAAGCCCUACGGACUCACGGCCUGGGCGCCAGUGGACGAUGUGUAUUUGGUGAGGUACUACCCCAGACAGGUCUAUGAGCCAGAGGUGGCUGUCGACAUGCUUAAGACCUUUCAGAAGCUGGAUUUCACGCCUGAAGAUCAGCCUGUUUUCCUCGACCUGCAACUGGAUAUGAAACUAGAGAAAAAGAAGAAAAUAGACCCUUUUGUCAGCACUGUCCAUUUACCUCAUCCCUUCAAAAAGGACAUCAACAAAAUACUGGUUUUCACAGAGAAUCCAGAGGAAGCCAGAGUGGCAACAGAGAAUGGGGCAGCCAUUGUAGGAGGUGUCGAUCUUAUAGAGAAGAUUUUGGAAGACAGAAUCACAGCAGACUUUUACUUGGCUGUUCCAGACAUGGUUACAAAGAUCCUGCCACUGAAAAAUAAACUGAGGAAGAAAUACCCCAAGAGCAAAAGGGGCACAGUGGGCGUGAACAUUCCUGAAAUGCUGGCGUUGUUUAAGACAGGGCAUGAGUACUUGGUAGAGCGGGACUCCUAUAUCGUCACUCAGACUGCAACGCUGGACAUGCCAAAGGAACACAUCCUAGACAACAUGCGGACCAUCAUUAAAGACGUUGUCGCCCACAAGCCAGCGGAGUUUGGCCCACUGAUUGACAGGAUCAUCGCAAGCACUAAGAUGAGUGAAGGACUGUGGCUCAAAUGUGAAGCGUUUUUACCACAGGAGGACGUGAAGGAGGCCUGACAGAUCGAUCCCGGGUGUAUUUCCAUUGUGUAACGAUAUAUAGUCUAAUAAAAUAUCUGGAGUAUGGAA